UUCACCCCCUCUAUACCUUCAUUCACCCCCCUUUUAUUUCACAUUCACAUUCCAAAUUCAAAUUCAUUUCCUAAAACUAAAUCCCAAACCCUAAAUUCUCGUUUUCAUUUGUAAACGUUUAUUGUUUAUGGCUAAUAAUAAGGAUAUGGAUCGGAUCAAAGGUCCAUGGAGUCCUGAAGAAGACGAGAUGCUACAGCAGCUCGUUGAUAAACACGGACCGAGAAACUGGUCGUUGAUCGGAAAAUCAAUUCCAGGUAGAUCUGGAAAAUCGUGCCGGUUACGGUGGUGCAACCAGCUCUCACCGCAAGUAGAGCACCGUGCGUUCACACCGGAGGAAGAUGAGACGAUUCUACGCGCCCACGCGCGCUUUGGAAACAAGUGGGCGACGAUUGCACGGUUGUUGAACGGCCGGACUGAUAACGCGAUUAAAAACCACUGGAACUCGACGUUGAAGAGGAAGUGUUGUUCGAUGACGAACGAAGAGUUUAACGAGUUUGCUGUUCAACAGCCGUUGUUGAAGAGAUCGGUGAGUGCUGGCUCCGCGGUUGCGGUUUCCGGUAGGUUUUUGAAUCCAGGUAGUCCGUCUGGAUCUGACGUCAGCGAUUCUAGUGUGCCGGUUACCUCUCCGGCGAUUUCGCACGUGUACCGGCCGGUUGCUAGAUCUGCUGCAGUUGUUGACGUUGCCACGUCAUCGGCGGUGAAAGAUCCGAUGACUUCGUUGAGUUUGUCGCUUCCUGGAGUCGAAAAUGAAGCCGUUACGGUUGCGGCUACGGCAAACGCGACGCCGAUGCAGCUAAUGCCGCCGUCUCCGUCGCCGUUACCGUCGCAGUCGCCGGUAGUGAGCCAGUUACCUCCGCCGGUACCGAUUCACGCGAUGCCGUUACGUCAGAUUCGAGUCGAAAAUCAUCAAAACCUAAACCUGAACAACAACUGCAACACCGCAGACGUGAUGACGUCAAUUCCGAUGGCGAUUUCAACGGCGAUGCGUCAGCUAAAGGUAUCACGAGAUCCGGUACCUUCAGCAGCUCCGGCCGCGGCGGUGGAGCAACCGGAAAAGGUUUUGACGCCGUUUAGUGCGGAGUUUUUAUCUGUGAUGCAAGAGAUGAUAAGAACAGAAGUGAGGAACUAUAUGACAGGUGUAGAACAACAUAAUAAUCAGCAGAGAUCCGGUGACGGAGGCGGAGGAAUGUGUAUGAAGCAGGCGGCAAGUGGCGGUGGUGACGGUUUUAGGAACGCAGCGGUGGUAAAGAGGAUUGGGAUUAGCAAGAUCGACUAAGUAAACCCUAGAUUUAUUGGUAGAUGAUGAUGGUGGUGGUAGAUGAUGAUGGUCGGAGAGGAAAAGGAAAAAAAUCUUUUUUUAUAUAUUUCUCUGUUAAUUAUAUAAUAUGGUUAAAAAGUUAAAAAAAGGGAAAAAAGAAAUGAGUUUGUACAUGGUAAUCUUUGAAAAUGUAAGAAACAGAGAGUAUGAAAUGGAGGAGUAGGAAAACCUUCCUUUGGGAUUUCAAACA